AUGCUACUUAGUACUUCAGAAAAACUUUUAUUCCUGGCGCUCCUGGCUUCGGCCAAGGGCAGGCCAGAUGUUCGUCUGAGUUCUCUGCACGAACCAUCAGAUCUGUGUCCCCCGAUUCAUCAGCAUCAUCUUAUUCCUCACGAAACUGAUUGCACUAAGUUCUACUACUGCGAGUAUGGUAUGAAACAUAUAAAUCCGACAAGAUGUCCUCUUGGAACUAUGUUUUCAUAUAAAGGACAGGGUUGUGACUGGCCAUGGAAUGUGAAUUGCUCAACCUCUGUCAACGACGGUAGUGGUGGAAGCGGCGGAGGUGGUGCUGGUGGAGUAGGAGGUGAAGACGGCGGAGGCGGCGGUGGUAUCGGUGGCGGAGGAGGCGAAGGCGGCGGAGGUGGAGGAGGCGCAGGUGGUGGAGGUGGUGCCGGAGGUGGUGGAAGCGAAGGCGGUGGAGGCGGUGUCGGAGGAGGAGGAGGCGAAGGCGAUGGAGGUGGUGCCGGAGGUGGAGGAGGCGAAGGCGGUGGAGGCGGUGUCGGAGGAGGAGGAGGCGAAGGCGGUGGAGGUGGUGCCGGAGGUGGAGGAGGCGAAGGCGGUGGAGGCGGUGUCGGAGGAGGAGGAGGCGAAGGCGGUGGAGGUGGUGCCGGAGGUGGAGGAGGCGAAGGCGGUGGAGGCGGUGUCGGAGGAGGAGGAGGCGAAGGCGGUGGAGGCGGUGCCGGAGGUGGAGGAGGCGGAGGCGGUGGAGGUGGUGGCGCAUCUCUCCCUAAUGGUUGUCCAGUUGAUUUCCACGAAUAUAGAAAUUUACCACAUGAGUACAACUGCAGCCUUUUCUACAUCUGUGCGCAUGGAGAGAGAGUACUGACGGAAUGCCCAGAAGGAACACAUUUUAAUCCAAGAGAAAGUGUUUGCGACUGGCCUUGGAAUGCUGGCUGUGAAUCGGAGAUGAUGCCGGCGGCGGAGGCGGAGGUGGUGCCGGUGGCGGAGGCGGAGGCGGUGCCGAAGGCGGAAGCGGUGCCGGAGGCGGAGGACGCAAGUCUCCCCAAUGGUUGUCCAGUUGAUUUCCACGAAUAUAGAAAUUUACCACAUGAGUACAACUGCAGCCUUUUCUACAUCUGUGCGCAUGGAGAGAGAGUACUGACGGAAUGCCCAGAAGGAACACAUUUUAAUCCAAGAGAAAGUGUUUGUGACUGGCCUUGGAACGCUGGCUGUGAAUCUGGAGAAGGUGGGGAAGGCGGAGGAGGUGAAGGCGGUGGUGCCGGCGGCGGAGGCGGUGCUGGCGGCGGAGGCGGUGCUGGCGGCGGAGGCGGUGCUGGCGGUGGAGGCGGCGGAGGAGGCGAAGGCGGUGGAGGCAGUGCCGGAGGUGGAGGAGGCGAAGGCGGUGGAGGCGGUGCCGGAGGUGGAGGAGGUGAAGGCGGUGGAGGCGGUGCCGGAGGUGGAGGCGGUGCCGGAGGUGGAGGAGGCGAAGGCGGUGGAGGCGGUGCCGGAGGUGGAGGAGGCGAAGGCGGUGGAGGCGGUGCCGGAGGCGAAGGAGGCGAAGGCGGUGGUGGCGGUGCCGGAGGUGGAGGAGGCGAAGGCGGUGGAGGCGGUGCCGGAGGCGAAGGAGGCGAAGGCGGUGGAGGCGGUGCCGGAGGUGGAGGAGGCGAAGGCGGUGGAGGCGGUGAAGGAGGUGGUGGCAGUGGAGGCGGUGGAGGCGGCGGUGGCGGAGGUAGUGGUGGCGCAAGUCUCCCCAAUGGUUGUCCAGUUGAUUUCCACGAAUAUAGAAAUUUACCACAUGAGUACAACUGCAGCCUUUUCUACAUCUGUGCGCAUGGAGAGAGAGUACUGACGGAAUGCCCAGAAGGAACACAUUUUAAUCCAAGAGAAAGUGUUUGUGACUGGCCUUGGAACGCUGGCUGUGAAUCUGGAGAAGGUGGGGAAGGCGGAGGAGGUGAAGGCGGUGGUGCCGGCGGCGGAGGCGGUGCUGGCGGCGGAGGCGGUGCUGGCGGUGGAGGCGGCGGAGGAGGCGAAGGCGGUGGAGGCGGUGCCGGAGGUGGAGGAGGCGAAGGCGGUGGAGGCGGUGCCGGAGGUGGAGGAGGUGGAGGCGGUGCUGGAGGUGGAGGCGGUGCCGGAGGUGGAGGAGGCGAAGGCGGUGGAGGCGGUGCCGGAGGUGAAGGAGGCGAAGGCGGUGGUGGCGGUGCCGGAGGUGGAGGAGGCGAAGGCGGUGGAGGCGGUGCCGGAGGCGAAGGAGGCGAAGGCGGUGGAGGCGGUGGAGGCGGUGCCGGAGGUGGAGGAGGCGAAGGCGGUGGAGGCGGUGCCGGAGGCGGAGGAGGUGAAGGCGGCGGAGGCGGAAGUGGAGGUGGAGGUGGAGGCGGAAGCGGCGGUGGAGGUGGCGGCGGAAGCGGAGGCGGGGGCGGAAGCGACCGUUGCCAAGACGAAUGUAACGUGCUUCCUUGGGCUCAUGACACCGACUGCGACAAAUACUGGAGAUGCGAAGGCAAGACCUCUGUCCUCGUCACUUGCUCCGAAGGACUUCACUUCAAUCCUUCAACAGCUACAUGCGACUUUGCCUGCAAUGCUAACUGCGUGAGGGAAGAUGUUCAGGCUACUGCCGGAAACGACGGGUUGAAACUGUUCUUACCGUGGGAUAAGAUUGACAAAAAUAUGCAGAAACUCAUAAACGAAGCCACACACCAAAAACUUUUAUUUCUGGCCCUCCUGGCUUCGGCCAAGGGCAGGCCAGAUUUAAGUUCGAGUUCUCUGCUCGAACCAUCGGAGCUCUGUGCCCCACAACAUCAGCAUUAUCUUAUUCCUCACGAAUUUGAUUGUUCGAAGUUCUACUACUGCCAGCAUGGAAUGAAACAUGUAAACCCGAUAAAUUGUGCUCCUGGAACUGAGUUUUCAUUUAAAUAUCAGAAUUGCGUCCAUCCGCGACAGGCGCAAUGUCAGCCCGGAGCACCAUCAAUUGUAGAUUACGAUGAUUUCACCACAAUACCAUGGGAUGAUAUUACCCAUCCUAUAGAUUCUGACAAAGUAGCUCCCCCUGUCAAUGGUCCUAGCGAAGGAACACCAUCACCAGUCCUCGAAAAUGGAUGCCCCAUAGAUAUUCACGAGCAUAAACUGUUACCUCACGAGACAAACUGCAGUAGAUUCUACUACUGCGUCUUUGGAGAGAAAGUUGAAAGGGAGUGUGCUCCUGGAACAUACUUCCACUAUGAAAUUCAGGUUUGUGACUGGCCAUGGAAUGUGAACUGCUCAACCUCUGACAACGGCGGUAGUGGUGGAAGUGGCGGUGGAGGCGGUGCCGGUGGUGGCGGAGGAGGUGAAAGCGGUGCCGGUGGUGGCGGAGGUGGCAGUGGAGGCAGUGGUGGCGCAACGCUCCCCAAUGGUUGUCCUGCUGACUUCCACAAACAUUUCCUCCUACCACAUGAGUACAACUGCAGUCUUUUCUACUACUGUGUACAUGGAGAGAAAGUACUGAGGGAGUGUUCACCUGGAACACAUUUCAACCCACGAGAGCAAGUUUGCGACUGGCCUGGGAAUGCCGGCUGUGAAACUGGUGAAGAUGGCGAAGGCGGUGCCGGAGGUGGAGGCGGUGCCGGAGGCGGAGGAAGUCAAGGCGGCGGAGGCGGUUCCGGAGGCGGAGGCGGCGCUGGAGGUGAAGGCGGUGCCGGAGGCGGAGGAGGUGAAGGCGGCGGAGGCGGUGCCGGAGGCGGAGGCGGCGCCGGUGGUGGAGGCGGUGCCGGAGGCGGAGGAGGUGAGGGCGGCGGUGGCGGUGCCGGAGGCGGUGGAGGCAACGGUGGCAGUGGAGGUGGUUCCGGCGGUGGUGGCGGAGGUAGUGGUGGCGCAAGUCUCCCCAAUGGUUGUCCAGUUGAUUUUCACGAAUAUAGAAAUUUACCACAUGAGUACAACUGCAGCCUUUUCUACAUCUGUGCGCAUGGAGAGAGAGUACUGACGGAAUGCCCAGAAGGAACACAUUUUAAUCCAAGAGAAAGUGUUUGUGACUGGCCUUGGAACGCUGGCUGUGAAUCUGGAGAAGGUGGGGAAGGCGGAGGAGGUGAAGGCGGUGGUGCCGGCGGCGGAGGCGGUGCUGGCGGCGGAGGCGGUGCUGGCGGUGGAGGCGGCGGCGGAGGCGGUGCCGGCGGAGGUGAUGCUGGAGGCGGAGGAGGUGAAGGCGGCGGUGCCGGCGGCGGAGGCGGUGCCGGAGGUGGAGACGGUGCCGGUGGUGGUGCAGGCGAAGGCGGCGGAGGCGGUGCUGGAGGAGGAGGCGGUGCCGGUGGUGGUGCAGGCGAAGGUGGUGGAGGCGGUGCCGGAGGCGGAGGUGGUGCCGGAGGAGGAGGAGGUGAAGGCGGUGGUGGAGGCGGUGCCGGAGGCGGAGGUGGUGCCGGAGGAGGAGGAGGUGAAGGCGGUGGUGGAGGAGGAGGCGGUGCUGGAGGCGAAGGAGGUGAAGAUGGCGGAGGCGGUGCCGCAGGCGGAGGUGGUGGCAGUGGAGGCGGUGGUAGCGCAACUCUCCCCAAUGGUUGUCCUGCUGACUUCCAUGAACAUUUCCUUCUACCACAUGAGUACAACUGCAGCCUUUUCUACUACUGUGUGCAUGGAGAGAAAGUACUGAGGGAGUGUUCACCUGGAACGCAUUUCAACCCAAGAGAACAAGUUUGCGACUGGCCUGGGAAUGCCGGCUGUGAAACUGGCGAAGGUGGUGAAAGUGGCGAAGGUGGUGCCGGAGGCGGAGGCGAUGGUGGAGGCGGAGGCGGUUCCGGAGGUGGAGGCGGUGCCGGAGGCGGAGGAGGUGGCAGUGGAGGCGGUGGUGGCGCAACGCUCCCAAAUGGUUGUCCUGCCGACUUCCACGAACAUUUCCUUCUACCACAUGAGUACAAUUGCAGCCUUUUCUACUACUGUGUGCGUGGAGAAAAAGUACUGAGGGAGUGUUCACCUGGAACGCAUUUUAACCCAAGAGAGCAAGUUUGUGACUGGCCUUGGAAUGCCGGCUGUGAAACUGAUGAGGGUGGCGAAGGCGGCGGCGGGGCCGAAGGCGGUGAAGGCGGUGCGGGAGGCGGAGGAGGCGAAGGUGGUGGAGGUGGUGCCGGAGGUGGGGGAGGCGAAGGCGGUGGAGGCGGUGCCGGUGGUGAAGGAGGUGCCGGAGGCGGGGGCGGUGCCGGUGGUGAAGGAGGCGAAGGCGGAGCAGGCGGCGGAGGUGGUUCCGGUGGCGGUGGAGGAGGCGGCGGAGGCGGUGCUGGAGGUGAAGGUGGUGCCGGAGGCGGAGGAGGUGAAGGCGGCGCAGGCGGCGGAGGUGGUUCCGGAGGCAGUGGAGGAGGCGGAGGUGGUUCCGGUGGCGGUGGAGGAGGCAAUGGAGGCGGUGCCGGAGGUGAAGGUGGUGCCGGAGGUGGAGGAGGUGAAGGCGGAGAAGGCGGCGCAGGUGGCGGAGGUGGUUCCGGAGGCGGUGGAGGAGGCGGAGGUGAAGGCGAAGGCGGCGGAGGCGGUGCCGGAGGCGGAGGAGGUAGUGGCGGUGCCGGAGGCGGGGGCGGCGAAGGCGGCGGAGGCGGUGCUGGAGGAGGAGGCGGUGCUGGAGGAGGAGGCGGUGCCGGUGGUGGUGCAGGCGAAGGUGGUGGAGGCGGUGCCGGAGGCGGAGGUGGUGCUGGAGGCGGAGGAGGUAGUGGCGGAGGAGGUGGUGGUGGCGCAACUCUCCCUAAUGGUUGUCCUGCUGACUUCCACGAACAUUUCCUUCUGCCACAUGAGUACAACUGUAGCCUUUUCUACUACUGUGUGCAUGGAGAGAAAGUACUGAGGGAGUGUUCACCUGGAACGCAUUUCAACCCAAGAGAACAAGUUUGCGACUGGCCUGAAAAUGCCGGCUGUGAAACUGGCGAAGGUAGUGAAGGUGGUGAAGGUGGUGCCGGAGGUGGAGGCGGAGAAGGCGGUGCCGGAGGCGGAGGAGGGGAAGGUGGUGGAGGCGGUGCCGGAGGCGGAGGUGGUGAUGGUGGAGGCGGUGGUGGUGCAACUCUCCCCAAUGGUUGUCCUGCCGACUUCCACGAACAUUUCCUUCUACCACAUGAGUACAACUGCAGCCUUUUCUACUACUGUGUGCGUGGAGAAAAAGUACUAAGGGAGUGCUCACCUGGAACGCAUUUUAACCCAAUCAAACAAGUUUGUGACUGGCCUUGGAAUGCCGGCUGUGAAACUGGUGAGGGUGAAGGCGGCGGCGGUGGCGAAGGCGGUGAAGGCGGUGCCGGAGGCGGAGGCGGUGCUGGAGGCGGAGGAGGCGAAGGCGGCGGAGGUGGUGCCGGAGGUGGAGGAGGCGAAGGCGGUGGAGGUGGUGCCGGAGGUGGAGGAGGCGCAGGCGGUGGAGGAGGCGAAGGCGGCGGAGGUGGUGCCGGAGCUGGAGGAGGCGAAGGCGGCGGAGGUGGUGCCGGAGGUGGAGGAGGCGAAGGCGGUGGAGAUGGUGCCGGAGGUGGAGGAGGCGCAGGCGGUGGAGGAAGCGAAGGCGGCGGAGGUGGUGCCGGAGCUGGAGGAGGCGAAGGCGGCGGAGGUGGUGCCGGAGCUGGAGGAGGCGAAGGCGGCGGAGGUGGUGCCGGGGGUGGAGGAGGCGCAGGCGGUGGAGGAGGCGAAGGCGGCGGAGGCGGUGCCGGAGGCGGAGGAGGCGAAGGCGGCGGCGGUGGUGCCGGAGGUGGAGGAGGUGAAGGCGGUGGUGGCGGAAGCGGAGGUGGAGGUGGAGACGGAGGCGAAAGCGGCGGUGGAGGUGGCGGCGGAGGCGGAGGCGGGACCGGAAGCGACCGUUGCCAAGACGAAUGUAACGUGCUUCCUUGGGCUCAUGACACUGACUGCGACAAAUACUGGAGAUGCGAAGGGAAGACCUCUGUCCUCGUCACCUGCUCCGAAGGACUUCACUUCAAUCCUUCAACAGCUACAUGCGACUUCGCCUGCAAUGCUAACUGCGUGAGGGAAGAAGUUCAAUCUACUGCCGGAAACGACGGGUUGAAACUGUUCUUACCGUGGGAUAAGAUUGACAAAAAGAUGCAGAAACUCAUAAACGAAGCCACACACCAUUAAUUUAUAUUAACGAAUACAUAUGUAUAUAGUGGUCAUUUUACAAUAUUUUAUCUCUCUUGUAAUUACAUAUAAGAAUUCAAAUUUGUACUUAAAUCAUUCAGUCAGCUACAUCAAUAUAAUAAAUAUGAAGUAGGUAUAUAUAAUAUUAUAUUUUUUAUAAAUAUUUGAGUUAUAUUCGGCACCCAAAUAAUUUAAACAAUACCUUUUAAAGGUGAGUUAAUACAAGAGUGCAACAUAAGAUAUUGUUACAAAAUCCAUAAAACAGUAUCUAAACUUAUAUUUAUUGUUACAAAAUUCCUAACAUGUGUAAUAAAGUAUGCGUUAUUUUUCUUUGUUCUUAGAACCAAAAUAUUUGAGCAGAGUAAGUUGUAAGAACAAAAAACAAUUAUUGUAAAUUAUUGAAAAAUUAUUGUAUAAUAAAAUAUUAUGACAUUUGUAAAUAAAAAUAUUUAGCAAAAUAAAAUUUAUGAAGUUUA